AUGUGCGCAAGCGAACAUCCACCCAAUCCAGCCCUCGUACCUCGCAUCGGCUACGUCCGCAAGCAAACAACCCCUCUCAAACCUGCCACGCCUUUUUACUGGUCCUACCCGUCGUCCUUCAACCACGGCAUCAGACACUUCCACUAUCCGAGCCCGUCAACCACCGCCCGCUUCUCCUCCUUCGCCGCCCAACAGCGCCAAGCCGCCAUCGUGAACGAGGAGCACCAAAUGGCCGCCUCACGCUUCCGCUCCGGCCUCGAGGGCAUUGCUCAGGCCACCGCACAGCGCCCGUCUUCACCAUCUGCAUCCUCGUCAACCACCAGCAGAACAUCAGUCUCCGCUGCAUCCAUCGCCUCGACAUCAACCUCCGUCUCCAUACCCGCAGCAACCGUAACCUCAUCCGAAAAGCCAAGCGAACACUCGCCAUCAACACCAUCAACGACAGAACUCACCCCUCCUGCCGUCGCCCAGCAGGACUCCUCAUCGUCGUCAGCAACAAUCACUGCCCACGAACCUCGCCGCGUCGACGACCUCGAGGCCGCACUUGCUACCGCCCGCGCUCAGCAACAUCGCUUAGCCAUGGAGCUCGAGAAAAUGCGGAUGCAGCAAACCAAUGAGCACAGCCACCGCCUCCACCAUCAUCAUCAUCACCACGACGGAUCGAUCCGUCGGCCCUCCGCUCCCGCCCCGGCUGUGCCAUCUAUUUUCUCUGCAUCAUCAUCUCAUUCACCUUCCAAACGGAACAGCGCUUUCGCUGCCAUGCCCAUGUCGUCGAGUCCACCGCGGUCGAUGACCCUGUAUGGUUAUGGCGGCGGCAGUUCGGUGGGAGUAGAAUCCGACGACGGGUGCAAUUGCUGCUGCGGCGAGAGCGGUAGCGGCAACAGCAACAGCGGCAGCAGUAAUGAUGACGACAACUUGGUGACUGAACUGAUGGCCGACGCAGCGCGCAACUGUGAGCGCAUGGAGGACCGCGUCGCCUUCCAGCGCCAGAUGGCCGCCCUGCGCGACCGCAUUUACUCGCAGGCCGAGGAGCUGAGCGAGCGGCGGAAGGAUAGGAAGAAGUGGGAUGAAGAGAAAGAGGAGUUGAUGAAGGAGUUGCAGGAGAGGGAAGACAGAAUUAAAGGACUGUUGGAAGGCAAAAGGGAUAGUGUGCAGGGCUAA